UUUCCGCACACUAUGUAUUCAUAUGUUAUUAAUCAUAAUUUUUUAUAAUUUACCUUGAAAUUCCGUUUCAUUCUUUUAUUUUUUUCAAAAUCAUCGCUACUUCUUUUAAGAUCGAUUUGAUAAACUGUUAAUAAUGGAUGAAGAUAAUUUGGACAAAUAUUUUAAUCGAAAAGAACAUAACGAUGAUGAAGAAGAAGAUGAUUUUUAUCUAUUAAAUCCACCCAAACAACGCUUGUGGUCACAUUCGUGGUUUAUAAAUAAUCCCCGAUCGCAAUCCAAUUUAAUCGAAGAAUAUCGGCAUUCGCCAAAACAUUUUCGGGAACAUAUGAGAAUGUCGGAGAAUUCUUACAUCAAGAUUUUGAAUCUUGUUUCGCCAUUAAUAAUCAAACAGACGACUCACUUGAGAAGAUCAAUCACUCCUCACGAGCGUCUUACUGCCACUUUACAGUGGAUGGCCAGUGGAGUUUCGAUAACGAAGUUAUCGAAAAAUACAAAUAUUUCAACCAGUGCCUUGUCCGGAAUUAUUGUUGAAACUUUAAUGGCAUUACUGGAUAAGUUUCAAGAUCAGAUCAGGUUACCGGAAUCAGAAGAUGAAUGGCUACUUGAAGCCGAAAAAAUACGGAUUAAACAUAAUGGUGUUUUUCCGAAUGUUGUUGGAUGCAUAGACGGUUCUCACAUUGAGAUAACCAAGCCCGAACAUAGUGGCUCUAUGUAUUGGUCUUAUCUCCAGAAAUUUACAGUAAAUUUAAUGGCGGUAGUUGGAGCGGACUAUAAAUUUUUAUAUGUCUCUGUUGGCAACAACGGCUCUCGAUGUGAUUCUGUAGUCCUUCGAUCGACAAAAUUUUACCAACGAUUGAAGAAUGACACUUUAAAUUUACCGAAAGAACGAUCGAUUGGAAAUAAUUCUUUGCCAUACGUAUUUUUAGGGGAUCAGGGUUUUGCUUUGGAACCAGAAAUAAUGAUUCCCUAUUCAAAAGCCCGGUUACGUGAUGACAGUGACGGGAGAUGUCACACGUUCAACUAUCAUCUAUCUGCUCUCCGACGAAUUGUUGAAAAUGCAUUCGGACAAAUUAAAGCAAGGUUUCCAAUAUUAAAAGGACCAAUCACUUGCAAAUUAGAAACCAUGGAUAAGUUGGUUUUUGUGUGCUGUCUUUUGCACAAUUUCUUAAAAAACGAAGAUGAGGAACCAUUCGACUUCAACCUAGAGAUUUUACCGGAACAAAAUUUAGAAAAUCAACAAUCAACAAGCGAUGCAAGCACUGUUAGAGAAAAAUUUGCAGAUUGCCUGAUUAAUUUGUUAAAUUAG